AUGGCUACAGAGCAACGGAAGCGAAACAUUGUGAUCAUCGGUGGUGGAAUCAUAGGGUCAACAACAGCCUAUUUCCUUUCGCAUCAUCCAAAUUUCAACAGAGAAAGAGAUAGCAUAACUUUACUGGAAGCUACAAAAAUUGCUGGUGGCGCGUCCGGAAAAGCAGGCGGUCUUCUCGCUCUCUGGGCAUACCCAUCUUGCAUCGUUCCGCUUUCCUACAAACUGCACCAAGAGCUAGCAGAAAAACAUGGAGGUGUAGAUCGAUGGGGCUACCGCGCUGUGCACUGCGGGCAAAUAGACAUGUACGGCAUCCUGCACAAGAACAAGGCUCCUUCUUCCAUGGACAAAGACAGAUUGGAUUAUGUAUCUUUGCAAAAACGGAGCGAAAAGGCGCUUGGUCUGCUGAGGGCGGCGGGCGUACCGAAAGAGCUGGAUUGGGUGGCGGCAGAUGGCCUCAGAGCGUAUGAUGAGAUGGGCACGCCAUCUACAACAGCUCAGGUGCAUCCGUACCAGUUCACGACUAGUAUGGCCUCUCUAGCCGAAGAGCAGGGCGUAAACAUCAUCUACGGCAGCGCUACAAACAUCGACCAGGACGCAGGAGCCGUCAAGUCAGUGACCUACAGGCCGAAAGACGGGUCCGAAGAAAAGACGCUGGACGCAGACACCAUAAUCCUGACUGCAGGUCCGUGGACAAAAACUAUCUGGCCUGAUGCUCCUAUCUCAGCUCUCCGCGCGCACUCCGUAACGAUAAGACCGAGUCGCCCCGUCUCCGCGUACUGCCUCUUCACAUCCAUCGACCUUCCGCGUGGAAACACGCGCAAAUCCAAGACAGUAACACCCGAGAUCUACGCCCGUCCCAACAACGAAGUCUACGCCUGCGGUGAAGGCGACACACUGAUCCCCUUGCCUACCUCGUCAGACCUGGUCGAAGUCGACGAGUCGAGAUGUCAGGACAUCGUAGAUGAAGUCACGUCUAUAUCCGAGGAGCUGAGAGACGGUGAAGUUACGGCAAAACAGGCGUGCUAUUUGCCUAAUGUUAGCCGAGGAGGCGGUCCGAUGAUCGGAGAGACGAAGGUUAGGGGCUUGUUGAUGGGUGCGGGGCAUACGUGCUGGGGCAUUCAGAAUGCACCUGGCACAGCGAAGUGUCUUAGUGAGCUUGUGUGGGAGGGAAAGGUGAAGAUUGCGAAUUUGAGUAGCUUGGAUCCGAAGAAGUACAUGUAA